AUAUGAAAACAAACAUACCCUAACUAAUCACUUCACAUUCUCUCUUUGUACCCAAACACAAACAUAAUGACAGUAAAACUAAUUAGAGCCAUUUAAUUAGUCUUAGCCUCAUGAGUUACCAUCGCUAACCCAUUCUUCUUUGUUCUUUCUUCUUUUCCCUCUUCUAAUUCCAAUAUCACACUCUUCAUUGCCAUAGUUUUCCUUUUAACUCUUGUAUUCUUUAUCCUUUUCUCAUCCAUGUUGUCUGUUUCCUAACAAUGAAAUUUAUGAAAAAUUUGUUUAAAAGAAGAGCCUCAUCAAAGUCUAAAGAGUCGUCAAAAGCUGAAAUUCAUGGGGAUGUGUUGAUUGAUGAUGAUUCCAAGGAAAUGGAUCAAGAGAGCAUUCAAGAAAUGGAGUCAUCAUUGGAGCUUUAUUCAUUAUGUGAAUCAAACGAAGAAAAACGAAAAAAUAAGACGGUAGUUACUAGAAGAAGUUGUAAUUUGUGCAUGUAUGAGGAAGAUUCAUGGCAAGUUCUUGUAGCGAAGCCCAUCAAAAAGGAAGAAAAUAAAGAGUUCUUUGAAGCCCUGUCUUUUUGGAAAGAGCAAGAAAAUCGGGAGAUUUGUAGACAUGAAAAGUAGCAAACUUAGGGUAACUGGUACAACUAUGCCAUAAAUCAAGUUAGUAUAUAUGAUAGGUCAUAAUAGAUAACAUUUAAGGAAUAAUUAUGAUCAUGAUGAGAUCAUAACAUAGCCCUUUUUUUUCAAACAAAAUAUUCUGGCUAUUUAGCUAUUUUCUUUAUUGAUUUAUUGGUAAUGAUGCGAUCAUAACUUAAUAGUAAUUUUCUACAAUUUGUGGUGAAAUGGUGAUUGAUUAGUUUGAGUACU